AUGUUAAAACUGAUUUUCGUGUUACUGGGUCUUAUGAGAACUGCUUGUUGUGAUGAUCUACCCGGUUUAGAAUAUUUAUCAAUCGGUUUUGAUGCUUUAAAGAUGAUUAAUACAAUUGAAGACCCAGCAUGUUCAACUUCUGAACGAUUAAAAUAUGAAAUAUUUAAUUUUAUGAAACCGAGGAACGGCCAAACAGGUGGAAGCACAACAGAAGUUAAUUUUGACCUUGGACUUUUUGAUGACCUUGCUGGUUUGUAUGGUACAUUUAGUUGGAGUUCGAAUAAUACUCGUUUCACUAAAGAUUUCAAAAAAUAUUCAGUCUUUGAAUGGAAAUUUUUAUCGUCUGUCAAUAUCACCGCUGACAUUGAUGAAAACAUAAUGAAAGUAUGGUUAGACCGUGCAUCAAGAAAACCAACUGUAACUAAUCGUACGUUAUCAUCUAUUGUGAAUCUAUUAAGUGAUUGUCCAUCGACAAUUCGUCGUCAUUUACAGUCAACCAUUGACUUUUAUCUAACGCAUGCUCAUCUGUCAACACUUGAACAGCUGAAACAGAAAACAAAAACAAUUCAAUCGAAACGUGCACCGCUUGCUACUAGUAAAAGUAUACCAGGUUUAGAUGUUUGUUGGCUGUGGUUUUGA